CAGAGCAGCUGAAACAGAAAUCAUAGUUCAAGGUUGAUCAGAUAUUUGUGUUUAUAUAGACUAGAGAGAAACUCACCAAAGCACUGAGCUCCACAGAUCAGCGAAGGCCACAGAUCUGCUCCAUUACAGGUUUUUGAACGUAAGCUGUUGCAUUAUCAGGGCGGAACUUUUAGUUUCAAGCACUGCAGCGAUACGGACUGUUUUUGCAGACGCACCGCUGCGCUCAGGAGAGUCUGAACAGUUUAGGAUGGCUCAGGCGGACAGCAGGGCUCUGGCUUUGGGGGUUCUGGCAGGGGCUGCUGGGAUCAGCUUGGCGAUUGUCUGCUUCCGCAAAAUAGGAGCAGGCGGUGGCAGAGUCCUGCACCUGAGCAGCAACGCAGAUCACACGGCAGGCACUCUGCGUCUGCAGACGGGCCAGACAGAGGUGCUGGAUCGUCUGGGAGCUCUGAUCCAUUGUGUGUCUGAGCUCAAAGAGGAGGUAAAAGCCCUGAAGGAUGCACUUCCACGCCUGCAGGACAACGUCAGAGAUCAGCUGAGGGGCCGGAGCGGGGACGACAUCGCCGCUCGCAGAGCAAGUCCUCUUCAUCGAACUCCCACCAGGAGAAAAAGAGCAGGUGUCUCAGCUAGAAAUGAAGGACAAAGCUCAGAAGAGGCAGAGAGUGAAGGAGGGUAUAUAACGGCACUGACGGAUUCUGAGGAGGAGGAAAGUGACGAUGACCGAAAGCCACUGCAGGAACCAGUGGAUGAGCUCACGGCCCUGCUGCAGAAAGCAGACCUAAUUCACAGUUGUAACGGGGCAGAGAAAGCACAAGGCCUGAAUGCUCUGGUGGAGAGGAAAGCAGAGUUUGAUCAGAAGUGCCAGUACCUUUGGCGGUUGUCCAGAGCCUAUGCAGAUGCACAUGAUUUUGCUGUAGACCUUGCAGAGAAGAAGAGCUGCGCUGAGAAUGGAAAAAAAGUUGGUGAAGAGGCAAUUUCCAUCAAUCCACAGUGUGCUGAAGGUCAUCAGUGGUAUGCUAUACUCUGUGGGCUCCUGUCAGAAUAUGAAUCUAUUCAGAAUAAAAUAAAAAAUGGUUAUCUUUUUAAGGAUCAUCUGGAUAAGGCAAUUGAGUUGAAACCUGAAGAUCCUCUGUCGUAUUACUUGCUGGGCCGCUGGUGUUAUGCUGUGUCACAAUGUACGUGGAUAGAGAGGAAAAUCGCUGCUACUCUGUUUGGAGAGCCACCCAGUGCCACAGUCCAGGAUGCCCUGCAGAACUUCCUCAAGGCAGAAGAGAUCAGUCCCAAGUAUUCAAAAUUCAACUAUGUGUUUUUAGCCAAGUGUUACAAAGACAUGGGUCAGAGGAGUCAAGUCCAACAGAUGUGUGACGCUGCCUCUGCAAUGAACAUUCAGACUAAAGAGGAUGAGGAGGCUCAGAAGGAAUUGGACUCUCUUGUUGCAUCACUUUAACAAGUCUCCAACAAAAGCUGUCUGUCUUUGUGUUCCAUCUCUUUGAACUCGACUGUGACUGGACUGUAGCUGUUUACCCACAAACCAACAUAUGAACUACUAAUGUUGGCCAGGCCACGUUAUUCCUCUAUUAAAGGAGAGACCAGCAGCAAUAUUUUGUUUAAUUUUAGUUUAUGCACAAAAUACUGUAUGUGUUUUGCAGGACAGUUUCUUUUUAAUUCUUUUGUCUGGUCCCCCCACAGAAUAUUUUAGACAUCAUUAUAGUGUCAAUACACAACGUGCUGUCACCUAUUGAAACCACAGUGACCAUCAGUGGCUGCUGUUAGAAUGAAUUUAGAGUGAAUUGCACUCAGAAAUGAAAUUUUGCUGAAAAUUUGCCGAAGAUGUAGAUGAAUUUGUUUCUUCAUUUAAAAACAGAUUUGGAUAAAUUUAGUGUUACAUCACUUGCUCACCAAUGGAUCCUCUACAGUGAAUGGGUGCCGUCAGAAUGAGAGUCCAAACAGCUGAUCCAGAACACACUUCCAGUCACACUAUCAGUCAAAAGCUGCAAGUUUGUAAGAAACAAAUCCAUCAAGACACUUAAACUGUACAAUCAUUUUGAGUCCAUCAUUCAAAACAAUGCUUCCUCCAGUGAAAAAGUCCAUCCCCUGUUGUCCUCUCAAAUCAAAGUCCACCCACAUAUUUGUUUAGAAUGGUUUUUGCCUGAAAUCUAUGCAUAUUUCUCUCCUGAUUCAGAUGAGAUUACUUUUUCAUUGGAAAAAGCAAUAUUACGGAUAGAGGACUAUUAUUUUAGCCAUAAAUGACAGUUUGAAGUUAAAAGCGUCUUAAUGAUGGAUUUGCUGCUUACAAACAUGCAGCUUUACACUUCACAAGACAAACUGAUGGACUGGAGUGGUGUGGAUUACUGUGAUGUUUGUAUCAGCUGUUUGAACUCACAGGAUCCAUUGGUGAGCAGGUCAUAUAAUGCUAUAAUUUCUCAAAAUCUGAUAAAGAAACCAACUCAUCUACAUCUUGGAUAGCCUGAGGAUGAGUAAAUCUGACUAUCGGCAUGAUGUCUGGUAAAAUUGUGACUAAUUAUGACCAAUACUGAAACAAGAAAGAUCUGUCAGGUUGGCAUUAAAAGCAUGCAUUGACAGUUCCAUUUUUUUGUGUGUGUGCCUUUUAGGGGCAUGUUUGUGUGUACUUUCUGUUUUUGUUAAUCCAAAAUUAUUAAUGAUUAUUUCAUAGACAUAAUUUACAAAACAGCACAACUAUAAAGUUCUAUUUAUGGAUAACUAGUUUACCUCCCGAUAAAUGUCUGAAACACACCUUUAGAAGAACUUUGGCACAUUUAAUGGUUAGUUCUUCCAAAAAAAGCUGCUGAUAUGAAAUUGCAAAAUUGAAAAUCUGUUAAAAAUGUUUCAUAGCACAAUCCUCCCUCAUGAAAUGCAGUCUUUUGCAGUUUUUUAUUAAGAACACCUGAACAACUCCAUCUGGAUUUAAUCUUGUUAAUCACAUUCUCUCUGUGGAAUCUGUUUUUUUUUGUAGUUCAAUCUAAUAACUCAAAUGACUUGUGUAGAUUUUAAUCCCUAGACAUUUUUUGACCGAAGAUGAUUUCUAAAUCCCAGAGAAAUUAUGGGGACCAUGUAAGUCUAAUGUAAUUUUUUCCCUCAUGUUAUUGCUAAAAUUGUUUUAAUAUCAUUUGUUGGUAUACAGCACUAUGAAUGUCAGCAUUUUUAUGUUGAAAUGAUGGCACUUGCUCUGUAUGGUGCAUUUUAGAUUAUUGGUGAUUAUUGAGAUUGAGACGGUGAUUGUAAUGGUGCAUAUGAAGAUCAUGACUUCAUCUCUGCUGCUCAGUACAAUAUACGAUAAGGUGAAUUCA